GCAACUAAAUUCGCGACUAACAACAUUCAAUAGACUGUUUUACAUAAUAUCCCUGCGGACUUUGAGUAUAUUUAUUGUGUUGUCAUUCAGAUUUAUAUGUCCUGUUUGCUGCUGCUUGCUCUCGGGAGACACCGGAAAUGGCUUAGGGCAGAAGGUAACUGCUGCCGGGAGAAGCGGCCAUAAACAGGCAGAUGAAAAUACAGAAAACGCUCACUGACACGGCCCUGCCAGAGAGGGACAGUAUUCUGCUUGAACUAGUAUGGAUGUUGAUGACUGUAAUGGCCGAUCUUACAUAUCAGCUAGUGGAGACUCUUCCAUGGAAAGAGAGUUUUCUGGGGCCCUUGGAGGUCCUACAGUGAGCACCCCAAACAGCAAGGAGACCUCUCCUAGCCGCUCCCUCAGUGCAAACUCCAUUAAAGUGGAGUUGUACAGUGAUGAAGACCCAGGUCGCAGUACUGAAGAUGAAAGGGGGGAGCGGGUAGAAGGAGGGGGGUCAGAGCCAGGAUGUGAGGUUGUUGGCGGCUACAGGGAGCUCACCAAUCCUGAACCCACGCCAACUGGAGCCACCAGGCUGCCAAAUGGAAAGCUCAAGUGUGACGUGUGUGGAAUGAUCUGCAUUGGGCCUAAUGUGCUCAUGGUGCACAAACGCAGCCAUACAGGUGACUGUGAGCGACCAUUCCAGUGCAAUCAGUGUGGUGCGUCCUUCACUCAAAAGGGUAAUCUACUCCGACACAUCAAGCUGCACUCAGGGGAGAAGCCCUUUAAAUGUCCCUUCUGCAACUAUGCCUGUCGGAGACGAGAUGCACUUACUGGCCACCUUCGCACUCAUGCAGUGUCUUCUCCAACUGUUGGGAAACCGUAUAAGUGCAGUUAUUGUGGUCGGAGUUACAAACAGCAGAGCACCUUGGAGGAGCACCGUGAGCGUUGCCACAGUUACGCACAGAGUCUGGAGUCGCAGCAGCCAUCCAGUGCACAGAAUCCAGGAGAGGAGAUGAAAGAGCUAGAGUUUAUAACAGACUCUGUACUGCAACCCUCUGCAGACAAGAUGACAUUUAUUGAUCGGCUGGCAAACAGCAUCACCAAACGCAAGAGAUCCACACCACAAAAAUUUGUAGGACAGAAGCACAUACGACUCAAUCUUGGAGAUGCACCUUAUGAGCUCAGUGCCGGUUUGGAUAAAGAUGGUGAGAUGCACGUAGACCUCGAAGCUCAGCACUUUACUGGUCUGGGAGGAGAAUACACAGGCAUAGCAGGUAAUGGAGGAGGGGUAUCAGACACACUGAGGCCUCUUCACCUUCCCACCACUCACCCUUCAUGUCUACCAGAACUCCGGCCGAUCCACAGCUCCUCUCACACCCCCAUUGCUUUAGGGCCGAGGCUGGAUUGUUCAGGGACAGUGACUGGGCUGGGAACAGCAGGUUUAGGGGGAAGGGAGGCAGCAGAGGGUCAUGAAGACCUGCCUGUUGGUCGAAGUCAUGCACCUUCACCUAGCAAUGGUUGCCAGGACUCUACAGACACAGAGAGCAUGCCAGAUGAGCCAUGCAACAGUACUGCUGCGACCCCAGUGCUGCACAGUAACAAUGGUCACCACCUCCUCUACUCUAACAACCAUAACCCAGUGCCUCCUCCCGUUGCACACCACAGGUGUCGGGACAGACAUAGUCCCAGCCACGCCAAAGAAAGAGAGGUGGAAAGAGAGGAUGGAGGCCACACAGUCCCACCACCUCCUGCCCUCGCUCCCACUCCCAGCUCACCUGCAGCGCCCUCCUCCACUUCUAGGGAGGCUUUUCGGGUUGUAGAUGGGGAAGGGCGGGCUGUGCGCUCUUUCCGUUGUGAACACUGCCGUGUUCUUUUUCUGGAUCAUGUUAUGUUUACCAUCCACAUGGGCUGUCACGGUUUCCGCCAGCCUUUUGAGUGCAACAUCUGUGGCCACCGCAGCCAGGAUCGCUAUGAAUUUUCUUCUCACAUCGUCCGUGGAGAGCACAUCCUUGACUGAGGAUAAAGGGUGAACAAUCUAAACCUAUUUUUAACAGGCGAGGACCUGGCAUAGUUUGGUCUGCACACACAUUAAAGGGGAACUGUUUCAAUAAGCAUGUACCAGCAGCAGUAAUAUAAAUUUUGCAUGUGUGUUUCUAAAAUUACGAUCGUGAUCCUUUCUUAAAUGCACCUCGAAAAAAAUACAUUUAAAAUACACUUUUAAUUGAAGGUAUUCUAAAGUAGAUGAAAAGCUUAUUCACUUUUUCAUCCAGACGUGCCUUGCUCCAAACUUCACACCUGCUGCACAAAUCACAGUAGACAAAUCUGAUUUUCCAUAACAUGAAAAUGUCUCCUCCUUGUGCACUUUACAAUAAUAACAUUUAAAAUGGAAUCUAUUAAGUUUUUAACACCUCUUCAGAUUAACGAUUUCCUAACAAUGACUACUUUUUCUUUUUUUUUUGAUUGUGAAGUGCAGACCAAACUCAAACACCAAGUCCAAGCUGAAUGGAUAUGUUAAAGGAGUACAAGACCUAGAAAUGCACUUUUGGUUCUAAUGGAGGUUUGGCUGACAGGUCUGAGUGUGUGUGUGUGUGUGUCUGUCUGUGAUUGUGUGUAAGAGAAUGUGAGGGACCCCGUGUGUUGUUUUGAAAGUCAGUUGAGUAAAUAGGUGGAAAAUGAAGGCCUUUACUUGUGUGAAUGCCCAAAGAGGCUUUGUGUGAAAUGUUCUUUUUGUUUUUCUAUGACUGCUUUUGUUGCACUGAUAUUUGCCAGAAUACUAUGAAUAUAUUAAACUAUUUUAUAGAAUACA